CUCCCUGUGUAUUUAGGUCCUGUGUUUCUCCCUGUCCUUUGUCAGUUUGUCAGAUGUCUUCCAUGAUGAUACUCCUCGUGUUUUUCCUUUGUUUUUUGGACUUUGACUUUUGGUUAACCAUGGAUUUAAUUUAUACUUCCUGUAGGCGAGAAUUCCCACCAGCAUGAGGACCAGCAGUGCGAUGAUCAGACCCAAGAUCCACCAGUGAGACACUUUAUUAGUGAGACUUCGACUAUCUGCACAAAGCUUUGACAGCAGCAGAGUAAUGACUCAGACGUGUGAGUCACACCUGAAUGAUGUAGCCGAGCAGCCGACGGGUUCACCUGCACGACUGCCAGGUGGACUCAAACUGCUUUUGAAGCCAAUCCGUGGCAGCCUCCAUAUUGAAAUCACCGUCUCAACAUUUGGAUCAACCUAACAGCAGCAAAGAGCCCACCCACUGAGCUGGACUUCCUGUCAGCUAAGCUAACUAGCAUUCUGGUUGACAGAUACUAUAGAUCACAUGACUGCAAUCAAGCUGCAGAGUUAGAGUAUGAGCCCCUGUAAGGAAAUCCUCCCGUCUUUUAUUCCAUGUGAAUGUGUGCCGGCUAACGGAUCAGUUGAAGCUGCUGGACAAAGAGGCGUUUGUGUCCUUACCUGGGGUUUUGUCCUGCGUGGCAAAGCUGAUCCAGAGGAGGAAACAGACCCAGGUUUUUCUUUGGAUCUCUCUGGGUGGCUGUCAUCACAACCACACAAUUACAAGGGAAAAGGAAGAGAGAAUGCAUAAUUAGAGGCACAUUCCUGAUUGAAUUUACACAGGAAGAUAAACGUCAUAAAACGUGACUGAGCGUGUGCAGUUAUGUGGGGAGAAUCCUCGUUUGAUCCUUGGAUGAGUUGUGGGAAUAUGCCUGGAAACCUCCUUCAAAAGAAAAAAUAAAAUAUCGCCAUCCAAGUCAGCUGGAGGUUGACAGGCGCAUCGACUACAAGCUGAAAAGGCAGGACAGCACCAAAACACUGCUGAUAAAGAGUGAACAGCUGCUGAGGAUUGAGGAGCACGACUUCGCAAUGAGACCAGGCUUUGGAGGUUCAGCCAUCCCUGUGGGCAUCGACGUUCAGGUGGAGAGCAUCGACAGCAUCUCAGAGGUCAACAUGGAUUUCACCAUGACUCUGUACCUACGUCAUUACUGGAAAGAUGAGCGGCUGUCGUUUCCAUCCAGAAACAAUCAGAGCCGGACGUUUGACUCAAGGCUGGUGAAGAAGAUCUGGGUCCCUGACGUCUUCUUCGUUCACUCUAAACGUUCCUUUAUCCACGACACCACGAUGGAGAACAUCAUGCUGAGGGUUUACCCUGAUGGAAACAUCCUCUACAGCGUCAGGGUCACGGUGACGGCGCUCUGCUCGAUGGACUUCAGCAGCUUCCCUCUGGACACACAGAACUGUUCGCUGGAGCUGGAGAGCUAUGCUUACAAUGAGAACGACCUGAUGCUUUACUGGAAGAAUGGGAACGACUCUCUGAGGACGGACGAGAUCGUCUUGUCUCAGUUCUUUAUCGAGCAUUUCCACGCCUCCAGUGGCCUGGCCUUCUACAGCAGCACUGGCUGGUACAACCGACUCUUCAUCAACUUCAUCCUGCGGAGGCACAUCUUCUUCUUCAUGCUGCAGACGUAUUUCCCCACCAUGCUGAUGGUGGUCCUCUCAUGGGUCUCCUUCUGGAUCGACAGGAGGGCCGUCCCUGCUCGUGUCUCACUGGGUAUCACCACGGUGCUUACGAUGUCCACCAUCAUCACCGGAGUGUCCUCCUCCAUGCCUCAGGUGUCGUAUGUAAAAGCUGUGGAUAUCUACCUGUGGACGAGCUUCCUGUUUGUCUUCUUGUCUGUGAUCGAAUAUGCGGCUGUGAACUACUGCACCACUCUGGAGGAGAUGAGGAAGAUGAAGGGGGGAAAGAUCCCGUCCACCUAUAACGCCAGCCAAGCGAUGGCCUUUGAUGGCUGUUUCCAUGAUGAUGACAUUGAGCUGACCACAUUCCCUCGUAUGGCGCCCACCCUAACCUCAGACCCCCUCACUAGUCCAGCCCAGAGUCCUGACAUCCGACCCAUAGAGGGAACUCGCCUCCGCCGACAGCGCUCUCUGAGGGAAAACAUGGAUCUCUUGGUCAGCAACAGCUACAUGAUCGACUCGUACUCUCGCCUCGCCUUCCCGCUGUCCUACCUGCUGUUUAACAUCAUCUACUGGAGCCUGUACUCCUGAUCCAGAACUCAGAGAUCUACUGGAGCCUUUACUCCUGAUCCAGAACUCAGAGAUCUACUUCAACUCUUACUUCUGCUCCAGAAUUAAGAGAUUUACUGGAGCCUGUGCUUCUGAUCCAGAACUGAGGAAUUUACUGGAGCAUGUCCUGCUGAUCCAGAACUUAGAGAUCUACUCCUGAUGGAGAAGUGAAAAGACUCUCCUGAAGCAUACAGAGGAGAGAUUGUGCUGCAGGAUGUCUUUCCCUCUAGGUUUUCUCAAUCUUUUGUGAAAUAACUCUUUAUCAGAAAUAAAAUCACCCUAGCACCUCAUCAUAUAAGCUCUUAAUGUGGCUGUAGAAUCUACCAGACUUGUGUCUCAUGAUAAUGGCUUGAAUCUAGAAAAAGUAGCAGAUCCUGAUUUCUGUUUCUUUGAAUAAUCUUUUCGUUUAACUUCUGCUUCUGUGCAUUAUAAUGAAUCUUGUUUUUCUACCAGGUGGAAAUUAUUACUCUUAAUACUCUGGAUUUUUUUAAACACAGACUUAAUGUGAACGGGUCUGCACUUAGAAAUGGCUGGGCCCCUGAAAGGCCCUAUUAAAGGGCCCUCCUUAGAUGUGGUUAGCUGAUGUUAUGAACAGUAACAUUAGUGCUAGCCUCAUGGCUAACAUUUACCUACUCAGCCUGGCUCAUAUCAUCUUUAAAGUUGACUAAAAAAGUUGUUCAGAUGUUACUGUGAUCACCGGUACUCGUCAGUUUUCUCCUCUUUUCUGGCAUCCUAGCUGAACACACCCUAGACGAUUUUAAUAUCUGAACUGAUUUCAGAAACAUGGGAGACCAUAGAUAUCGGGACAGUUUAUAACUGACUUUAAGCAUUAUAAAACAACAAAAACACAAGUGUGUCUGCUGUGUGGCCAGCUUAACCAUGGUUCAUGUCUGUGGUUGGUUACAUAGAGUCUCAGUUUAUAGGCCUAAUAAUAAAGUGCCAUGUAUCUGUCUGUGAUGUUAACUUAAUGGAAAAAAACAACAUGGCUUAUACAGUUUAGGAAGGAGGAUUUAUGUUAUGAAACAGUCUACGUAAACAGAGCAGCAAAAACUACACUGUGUGUCUUUUGUAGCUGUAAAAAGUCACAAUGAGUAUCUACAUUAAUAAAUGUCCUUGCAAAGA